UUGACACACACACUUGUGUUGUUAACUAUUUAUUUAUAUUUCGUCGCGCUCAUUUCAAACAAAAUUCUAAUUUAGCCACUAAAUUGCUAAACGUGCAACUCGAGCGAGGCCAUGAGCUAUACUAACUUAUUACCCUACAGCGUGGACGGCUAUCAGCGCAUUAGCUACAAUCACAAUCACAAUCACAAUCACAAUUACAAGCAAGUGAGUGGGACUGGAGGUGUGGAGUGUGGGAGUGAGUAUGGGCGAGCGGGUGAGAGUGACAGCAGAAAUCGCGGAGACGGCAGCAGCCGAGCUGAGAAUAUUGUGAUAAGCAAGGAGCUGAUGCUCGGCUGCAAGCCGGAGAAGGCGGAUGACUUCAGGCCGUGCAUAUUCGAGCCGACCUGGUGCGUCUAUAUCAGAGCACUGGACAAUGUGGACAUGGGUCGCUAUGUGAGGCGCGUGACGUUUCGCAUGUCGCCGCGUCUGCCGCUGCGACUGCAAGUGGCGGAUGCUUCGCCGUUUGAGAUCACCGAAGUGCUCAGCACCGACUUUCCCAUUGAGCUGCAGGUGGAGUAUCUGGAGCCGGGCAUGUCAUCCACCACAUAUGUCUACAAGCCGAACGACGUCUUCGAUGGACUCUACAAUGUGGAUGCGCGCAUGAAUUUCAAGGGACACGAGCGCCGGGACAAAAUGUAUUUCGUCAAUCCCAAUGCAGAGAUGAAGCUGAGUCUGAGCACCCCAGCGCCGCCGCCACUGGCGCCAGCUAAGCGGCAGCUCAAGCUGCGACUGCCUCAGCCACAGCCACAGGCGCAGCUGAACAAGAAGCUGAAGUCGGCGCGACUUGCUUUCGAUAUAUGGCAAACGCCACAGCCAAAGAGCAGCGCACCCACUGGCCCCCAGCCCAGCAGCGCAGCAGACGCAAGCGAAAGCCAAAGCGUCGACAAGCCCGCGCCCCCCCGACCCAUUUUCAAUGUACGUGUCUAGCAGCAGCAGCAGCAGCAGCAGCAGCAGCAGCUUGAGGGUUGUCAGUUCUUUUUGCUUUUGGCAACGCCUUUCGCCAGCUUUGAGGGUUGAUUUCAAAUUCCCAACAAUUCCCAGCAGCAGCAAUUGCUGCUGUUCAUUUGUCAGUCGGCAGUCAGAGUGAACGUACGUGUAGUUCCA